AUUCGAACCGUACACCGCAAACAACUGCUCAGUGGCGAGCAUCACCUCCGUGGAAUUUCUCUCUGUAAAAAUGAUCGCAAUAAUAGCAUUUACCGCAAUUUUCGUGCUAUUCGUUUAUGUCUGGCAAUGGCGUCGUCGGCUAAAUCGUCCAUUUCUCUCCAUUCCGGGUCCUCCCGGACUACCCGUAAUUGGAAACUGUCACCAGUUUAUCGGAAAAUCCUCCACCAACAUCUUCCAUAUGCUGAUAGAACUUGAGCGUCUAUACGGGAGUGUAUUCAAGGUGGACGUGGCGACUGGCAUCUGGUUGUUCUACAUGUCCCCAGGGGACAUUGAGCGUAUCAUGACCGGGCCGGAGUUCGACUGCAAGAGCGACGACUACGAUAUGCUACUUGAGUGGCUUGGAACAGGGCUGCUGAUAAGCAACGGGAAUAAGUGGUUCACGCAUCGGAAGGCACUGACACCGGCCUUCCAUUUCAAAAUCUUGGACAACUUCGUGCAGGUGUUCGAUGUGAAGAGUACGAUACUGGCUCGGAAGUUUUUGAGUUAUUCGGGGAAGGAGGUAUGGAUCUUUCCGCUGGUGAAGUUAUGCACUCUGGAUGUAAUCGUUGAAACGGCUAUGGGGACAGAGUCCAAUGCACAGUCAGAUGAGUCCGGUUAUACGAUGGCUGUGGAAGACAUUUCCGAGAUCGUGUUUUGGAGGAUGUUCAACAAUGUGUACAAUACGGAGUUCAUGUUCAAGUUGAGCAGCAAAUACGGGACGUAUAAAAAGUGUUUGGAGACAAUUCGUGAGUUCACAUUGUCCAUUAUUGAGAAACGUAGAAGCACUUUGAAUGUUUUCGAUAAGAAUGAAGGGAAAUCGGAGGAUUGCAAUGAUUCUACUGGAUUGAAGAAAAAGAUGGCUCUUUUGGAUAUUCUACUGCAAACAGAAAUUGAUGGACGACCAUUGACUAAUGAAGAAGUACGAGAAGAAGUGGACACUUUUAUGUUUGCGGGACACGAUACAACAGCGUCUGCCAUCACUUUCCUACUUUAUGCAAUGGCAAAGUACCCAGACGUCCAACAGAAGGUCUAUGAAGAAGCUGUAAGCAUACUCGGAGAUUCAAUCGAUACACCAAUAACCCUUAGCGCAUUGAACGACCUCAAAUACCUCGAUUUGGUCAUCAAAGAGUCACUUCGCAUGUUCCCUCCGGUACCGUACAUUUCGCGCAGCACAAUAAAAGAAGUUGAACUUUCUGGAUGUACCAUUCCGACUGGCACCAACAUCACUGUUGGAAUCUUCAAUAUGCAUCAUAAUCCAAAGUAUUUCCCGGAUCCGGAAGAGUUCAUUCCCGAACGAUUCGAAGUUGAACGUGGAGUUGAAAAGCAGCAUCCCUACGCAUACGUUCCCUUCAGUGCCGGAGGUCGCAAUUGCAUUGGCCAAAAGUUCGCUCAAUAUGAAAUCAAAUCGACAAUUUCGAAAGUCAUUCGACUUUGCCGCAUCGAGCUCAUUCGUCCAAACUACGAACCACCUCUUAAGGCCGAAAUGAUCCUCAAGCCGCAGGACGAAAUGCCACUAAGAUUCUUCCCACGGUGAUUAAGACUGAUUAUUCCGGUGAAAUAUAAACGCGUUUAUUCCAA